AUUAUAAUCCGGUCUUUAUAUAUAAAUUGUUUAUUGUCAACACAAGUGUUGAAUUUUCAAGUGAUUUUAUAUCAAUUAAAGUUAAGCAUGUCUGUGAAGAGACCAGUGUCUUGGUUUUUAAGUGACACGGGAAGAAAGUUUUCAUUUGCGCUUAUAACCGGAACGGGUCUUGCAUUAACAGCUGCCAGAUUCGCACCACAUUCAAUACUUCUAAAUAAAUAUAAAGAUAUUGUCCAUCAUUACAGUAAUGGUAAGCCGGUUGAACUUCCCAAAGAGCUUCAGGAGCGGUAUGAAUACUGUUUAAAUUUAAUUAAUCUGAAUGACGUGCAUAAAAAGCUAAUUUCUCCAUUCAGUGUGUUUGGUUAUGAUUUGUUUUAUGCAGGAAGUACAAAUUCUCGGUUUGGUGCUGUUAUUGGUAUUCCUGUAAAUUUUACUUAUAAGACUCUUCAAGAUCUGGAAAAAGAUAACAUUCAGGUCAAUCAAAAAGGAGUUGACUGGACUUCAGAAAUUGGACAAAAGUUAGCAAAUGCAUUGAUUUUGCCAGAGAAAGUACAACAGUUUGCAAUAUGUAGAGAAAUAUUAAUGACUCAGAAUAACAAAUUUAUUUAUGAAUCUACAUAUCCAUUUGCAUGUUUGUUCCUAGUAUAUAAUAUGGCUCAUUACAUUAAUAAUAAACUCAAUCUAUAUAAGGGGCCUGUUUCUCUUAGGUUUACUCUGUAUACAAUACUAGGGUUAUUUGGAUUGGGAACAUAUUUAUUAAUGAAAGAUAUGACUGAAGUUUAUUAUGAAACAGAAGUUGAUCGCAAACUUUGUGAAUUAGGUCCAGAAUAUAUUGAAAGUGGAAUUAUAUUUUAUGAUAAGUUACUUCAAAGGAAUCAAGCUUUGAGAGAAUUAAUGGGCAAAGAAGGUGAAAGAAAAUACAGCAAACUAGGCAAUGAAAACUUCUUCCUUCGGCAACCUCGUAUGGCUCUUAUGCACAGGAAACAGUUUUUUGAAGAACAAUUAAGGAAUAAACAAAAUGAAACUCACGAUAUUAGUAAUAAUAAGGUUAAUGUUGAAAUGUAAUACAGAUUAGUGAGAAACAAAGAAUGUUAAUGUAGUUAUAAUUAUUGUUAUUUAAAUUAAGGAGAUAUAGUAUUUAUUUGUGAUGCAGAGAAACUUACGAAAAAAUAAUUUAUUAUUAGUGCUCAAUUUCUUGUUUUUCCAUAGAAAGAUAAAAUGGUAGAUACCUAAGGUCUUGUAUGCCAUUAAAAUUUUAAAUUCC